AUCGCUCCUUUUGCCCUGGAGCCUGCCACCCGAACAAUGAUGAAGUUUGUAUUUCAAGACAGCAAUAGAAAGGAAAACCCCACCUCUCUAGAAUUCAGCUGACGGAAAGGCUGUGCACAGUUUCGAGUUCCAGAGGUACCCGGAUCCCCGAAGACAGGGGUGGCCCCAGCACACUGCGCGCCCCAACCCUCAAAGCCAGAGCAUGGGGACCCAAAAGCCGCGGAUCCUGCCCUGGCUCAUUUCGCAGCUGGACAUGGGGCAGCUGGAGGGCGUGGCCUGGGUGGACGCGAACCGCACGCGCUUCCGCAUCCCUUGGAAGCACCGCCUGCGGCAGGAUACGCAGCAGGAGGACUUCCGCAUCUUUCAGGCUUGGGCCGAGGUCAGUGGUGCCUACAAUCCCGAGAGAGAUAAACCAGACCCCCCUACCUGGAAGAGGAAUUUCCGGUCUGCCCUGAACCGGAAGGACGUGCUGCGUGUAGCCGAGGACCGGAGCAAGGACCCCCUUGACCCCCACAAGGUCUACGAGUUUGUGACUCCAGGAGUUAGGGAUUUUCCUGAGUCAGACACCUCUCCAGACACCAAUGACAGAGGCAGUACCUCCGAUACUCCGGCAGACAUUCUGGAGGAGUUACUGGGUGACAUGGUAUUGGCCUCAGUCCCAGAUGGGGGGCCCUCAGGCCUGGCUGUGGCCUCUGAGCACCCCCCUCAGCUCUUGCUGAGCCCCAGCGUGGACAUCAUUGCUCCCUCCCCAAACCAAACACCCCUGGAAAAUCCGCUGAGGCAGCUGCUGGUCAUCGAGGAAGGAUGGGAGUUUGAGGUGACCGCCUUCUACCGGGGCCGCCAAGUCUUCCAGCAGGCUGUCUUCUGUCCAGGAGGCCUGCGGUUGGUGGGGUCAGAAGCAGCAAACAGUACCCUGUCUGGGCAGCCGAUGCUGCUGCCCGAUCCUGGGAUGGCCCUGACAGACAAGGGGGCGACAAGCUUCGUGAGGCGUGUGCUGAGCUCCCUGGGCGGGGGCCUCGCUCUGUGGAGGGCAGGGCAACAGCUCUGCGCCCGAAGGCUGGGGCACUGCCACACGUACUGGGCCAUGGGUGAGGAGCUGCUCCCCGAUGGCGCUCAUGGGCCAGAUGGAGAGGUCCCCAAAGACUGGGAAGGAGUCGUAUUCAACCUGGGACCUUUUGUGGCAGAUCUAAUUGCCUUCAUCGAAGGAAGUAAACGCUCGCCCCGCUACACCCUCUGGUUCUGCAUUGGGGAGUCAUGGCCCCGGGACCAGCCGUGGACCAAGAAGCUGGUGAUGGUCAAGGUAGUUCCCACAUGCCUCCGGGCCCUGUUAGACAUGGCCCGGGUCGGGGGUGCCUCCUCGCUGGAGACCACCAUGGACCUGCACAUUUCUAAUAGCCAUCCGCUCUCCCUCACCUCAGACCAAUACAAGGCCUACCUGCAAGACCUAACCGAGGACAUGGAUUUCUAAGUUGCUGGGGGGGCCUGAGGCUUCAUACCUCCGGGAUGCGGGCCCCCCACCCCUCACCUUGACCAAUAAACUGGUUCCUGUUACAAUC